AUGUGUCAUUCUAUAGUCGUAAGAGGUAUCGUUAGUUUCUGGGGUCAGCGGACUUCCGGUGAUGAGCGGGAUAUAUUUUGUCUUUUGGAGGUCAAACAGACCAAUCGAGGGUUUAAUGGUUUCUUGGUCCAACGACCAUUGCGAGGUGAAAAUGUCCAGUACUUUAUGGUCCGAGAUCUUGAGAUACGUGUGGUUUCCCGUGAGCAUUUUGGGCAUGUUGCUGAGCUUGAGCUCGCCAACAGCGUUGUUAUCGAGAUCAAACAUGGAUAUUUUCUUGACAUGGUUCAUCUGUUUAGACAAACCACCAAACGACCAGAUCUUGUUCCCGGAUUCGUACACGAAAUGGUCGAAUCUGCUCACGAACGUGCGUCGGUCCCAUUUGUUGGUGGCAAACUCGUAGCAAUACAGAUCAUUCACGGGUUCCUCCUUGAUCACCACGUUGUAGCCUCCACUGAUGUAAACCUUGGAUCUGUCCCUUGA